AUGAAACGGCUUUCCCAGCUCACAGCUCAGGAGAAGAUUCCCAGCAGCUGGGAGGAGCUGCAGGAUACAAUUACUGCUCAUGCAGCAAGACAGCAAGCAGCCGAGUACUCGGAUGACUUCGAGAGCGACGAUGAUGGCAUGUUAAAUAGUACUGUGGAAGACCUUCCUGAAAGUAAUUCAGAUAUUGAAAGCACCAAGAAGUCAAUUGCUUUUGAGAGUUCYCUCUCAGAUGAAGAUACCUCACAAAAAGCAGUUCCUUUGGAAAAUGAAGCUGCCGACUUACCGUUUCAUGAAGAGGAGGCUCAAGAAGCAAUCAUUUUGGAAAAUAAAAACAUGCAGGAUGACAAAAGGGAUAGUGAAGAGGAGUAUUUAGAAAGUCAAAAUGAAGGUGAUGAUAGAAAAAAUGAGGAGGACUGUUCAUCUGCAGAAGAAGUAUCACAAGAUAAUAGUGAGAGUGGCCACUGUAAUGAUCUGGGCAUGCCUGAACUGCAGAGAGAGACAGAAGGGCUUACACUGAAUGAAGAAGAAAAGAAGCCCAUACCAAAGCAAAGGGUGCGCAAAAUGAGAAAUGUGUCGGCAUCAGAUCAAGAUCAGAGAGAGAAUAUCAGCAUCAGUAAGGAGGAUAAUGCAACAAAAUCCCCUUCUGUGACAGACAAAACAAAGACCCCAGGCUAUGAGGAAACAAGGGAAUUAGAGAAUGCAGCAGAUGACAAUUCAGAAAGACACUUGCAAAUUGUGGAAGGACAAAUAGUAACGGAUACAAUGCAGGACGUGUCAGUGGAUCAUAAAUCUGAACAUGCAGAGGUGAAGAAGACUUCAAAGGACUUCAACAAGAAACAAAGUGAAACUAAGGAGACGGUUCCACAAAACAUGAAAAUGUCUUCAUCUGGCAGGUCUUCGUGUUUUUCCCACUUAAAGAAAAAUAUGACAGCUCUUCCUUCAUCUAGAGCUGUUUCACCUCAGUACUUGGGCACGUUACAGGUGUUGGAAGGGAAGCGCUCGCAGAAGUGCAGCGCAGAGCUUGGCAAAGCAGACAGCAUUCGGGCAGCUGUGUACCAGGAUUGGCUGGAAAAGAAAAGAGUCCAUCUACUGGAAUUAAAGAGAAAUAAAAAGAAACAAGCUGAAAAUCUSAAGAACAAUAUUGAAAAGAAAGAAGCUGCAAAAAGAGAGGAAGCRAUUGCAUCUUUUGAAGCCUGGAAAGCAAUGAAAGAAAGAGCAGCAAAGAAAUUAAGUGAAAAAAGGAAGCUUGAGGAGUUGAAUAAAAAGAGAGUGGCAGAACAGAAUGAGGAGAAGAGAGAAGCAGCACAGAAGGCAUUUGAAAAAUGGAAAGAGAGGAAAGUAGAAUACUUAAGAGAGCUGAAUAGAAAAGAGAGACAGUCUGAAAGAAUCAGGAAGAAAAAAGAAGAGGAAUUAAUUGCAGAAAAGAAGAGAGACAGCAUGUCUGCAGUUGAAAGAUGGAAUGAAAAAAAGGAGGAAUGUAUAAAACAAAAGAAGGUAGAAAAAAUCCUAGAGAGAAGAAAGCAAGAAAUGCAGCAGGUGAAGAAAGAAGAAAAAGAUAAAAGGGCUAUGGAAGAAUAUGAAAAAUGGCUGGAAAAGAAAGAAAGGAAAGAGCAGCUGGAGAAGAAGCAAAGGAAACUCRGGGCCAUCCUUGCAGAAAAAGCACCUUCUCCCUGGAGCCCUCCUGGCAAAGUCACAUAUUCAAGAAACUACUGAGCAGUCCACUGUCUUCUGCAUGGAAGGUUAAUCAGCAAAGUGCUGACAGGGACUAGCCAUUGUGUCAGAAACAGCUGAUUGUUUCACUGAAUCCAUAAGGAGGGUUGUAUCCUUUCUUUUUGGUUCAUUUCAUCUCUGGAAGUUAUAGAUCACCUGUUGUUUCAUAUUGUUUUCAGCAAAUAUGCUAAUUUAUUUAAUUUCACAGUUUAACUUGGAUACUUCUUUGCUGUUUUGCUGAAACUGUGUAUUCGGGAUGUGCAAGACAGGACUCUGGCAUUAUCUCCCACUAGGUAACAAUUUACCUAGCAGAACUAUUCAAGWCCCUGGCAACACAGUGCUAAUCACAGAACAGAACUGCUGCUCAGAGUGGUCAGUUGCUCAUAAUCAAGAAAAAUAUUUACACCUACACAUUUAAAAGAGCUUUUUAUAAAAAAAAAAAGUUGAAUACAAGUGCUCAGACAGGAGCACCCAUGCACAUCAGCUCUCCACUGAGCUUUAGCACUAGGAACCUUCAAUAUAGAUUUAGUGCACCAAGACACUAUAAUUGAAAUUCCAUGGAAAGAUGGAAGGUCCAGCUAUCAACAGAUCAGGAGAGUCUGAGGCAAAGCACACAGGAGUGCACAGCACUUGGGACACCCAGUGAUCCUGCUCUUCACUUCUGUGGACCCAGCUAGGGAAGUGGGGCAGGUCCCUAUGGACAGGCUUCCAGGCAACUUGCAGCUGCAAGUGAAACUAACAGUAGAGGUAGCAGCAGAGCUGCAGAAGGGUUUGUCACAUGCCAAUGCCUAAAAUAAAUAAUGCAUCUUUAUUCUCUUCCAGCCUUUAAAAGAUAGGAUAGAAAAUGUUUGACAGAAGGCAGGAGUGGGAAGUGAUCAUUCAGUGAGAUACCUAGAAUUCGCAUGAGUUCACACAUCCUCAGUUAGAAAAAGAUGAAGAUCUGUAGGCAUGCAAGAGUAGCUAAUGCAACAGUUUUAUAGUAAAAUUUUGGGAGUUUUGUCUUAUUUUACAUAAAAACUUGGACUUGUCACAACAUGAUGCAAGCCUUUCAAAAAAUAGAACUGAGAAAUACAAACAUACAUAAACAUUAAAAAGUACAUUUAUCCAUU